AGGAUGGGCCGUUCGGUGUUGUGCGAAUCGUUCGUGGAGGAUUAUCUCCGGCAGCUAAGCCGGAAAGCAGGCGUGUGCAUGGGACUGCUCAUUGGACAACCGUCUGCUAGCGGAAAGGAUUACAUUGUCCAUGCGUGUCGCAUUACCGGCCAAGACGCGGAGGAAAGCGAUGAAACGCAAAAGCUGAACGCGACGGUAGCAUCUCAACAGGCACUGGAUGCGACUAGGAUGCUGCCGGGUGGAAUGUACGUGAUGGGGAUAUUUGUCAUCCACCCGAAGAAUGUGUUCCAGGAUCAAACGCUGCUAUCGUCGGUAAAGUUCAUUCUGAUGAGCAUAAAGGCUACUUUCGAUGCUAAUCCAUUGCUGAUGGGCACUUGUGACGAGCUGGAGAAGAACGAAAAGCUGGUACUGUACUACUCGUCCAGUAGUAGCAAAACACAGAUUUGCAAAACGGUUUCACUGACGGCGGAGAAUCCCGCUGUACUUCCGUGCGAUUGGAAAUUUGUCGAACGCUCAUCCUCCUGGCACAAGCUUAAUGUCUACUUCGAGACGGAUGAGGUGUAUCCGUUGACACAAAAAAGCGACCACGAACAGUACGAUACGGAAGCGAAUCUGACGGAGUGUGCGAGGAAACUUAAGGAGCAGCUGAUGGAUGCAAAAAUCCUUUUCGGUGGGGAGCCAAAAUGCGCCACCGAUACCGUAGAGCCUGCACCGGCAAAUGUUUAUUUGCCUACGUCUACAGAACUCACCCCAAACGAAACAAAGAUAGAACAUUUCAAGGGUACGAUGAAAUUCGACGGUAUUGUUAGCUCCCAGAUUUUUAUUCACUCGCAGAGCACCUUCGGCGAGGCGGAACGUUUCAUUGUGGCCGAUAUCGUACGUUCGCUUAUGUCGCGCAUUCAAAUUCACUGUGAUUCAUUGGUACAGACUGAAGACACGACGACACAGGACAAGAUUACGCUGAACGAGUUGCCACGCCGCAUCUAUUUCCCCGUUCGUGCACAGGGCGGUUUUCCGGUCCAGUUCAGCGAUUAUCUGUUCCCGGAGGAGAGCGUUGAAACGCCGGUAGGCCGGAUAAGAGAAAUUCUCGACAUUGGGGUAGCCGUGAGAGAUCUUAACUGUAAGGUGGAGCUAGUGCCUGUUGUGAAGGAGGACGAACGACCAGCGGAAGAGGAGGAGGUAUGGCGUCCCAAAAACAAGGAAGAAGAUUUCGAGGGCAAACUAAAUUUGCCCGUGGUCGGUGGACUGGUGACGGUAAUCGUUUUGCUAAUUGCUUUGUUGGUGUACUAUUUAAUGAAAUAAAUUGAAGCAUUUAAGCG